UGUAGCUCAAGUGGAUCGGUCAAAGAAUAAUCAGUAAAAAAUACAAAUAUAAAAAGCCGUAGAAAUGCUGUUUUUGGUUUUAAUUUCAUUCGUUUUGCAACAUUUAACAUUAAUAAACGCCAAUGGCAUCUAUACCGUUGUGGCACCCAAGACCCUGCGAUCCCUCAGCCCAUACAAAGUGGCCGUUACUGUGCACAAUGCACCCGGACCCAGUCAAAUCUCUGUCAGCCUGAAGGGAGACUCAUUCAAUGGGUCGAAGACCGUUAACGUUAAGCCCAUGUCCUCGGAAGCCAUUGAGUUCGAUAUCCCCAAGCUGACCAGUGGUGAUUAUCAUCUGCAAGUUGAAGGUACUGGGGGAAUUGUCUUCAAGAACUCCACCAAGCUAGCCUUUGCCGAGGACAAGAACUGGGUCUACAUUCAGUCGGACAAGGCCACCUACAAGCCCGGCGAUUUGGUGCAGUUCCGAGUACUCUUCGUGGAUAAACACACCCGACCCGCCGUGAUCGACAAGCCCAUUACCAUUGAGGUCCACGACGGGGAAAAGAACCUGAUCAAGCGGUGGAAAGAGGUCAAACCUUCAAGCGGCACUUACUCCGGAGAGUUGCAGCUGUCCGAUCGUCCAGUCCUGGGCAACUGGACCCUGGCGGUCACGGUGCAGGACGAGGCCAAAGAGACCAAGGUGCUGGUGGUGGACAAGUACGUGGUGCCGAAGUUCGAGGUGAUCAUUACCACCCCCAAGGACGUGGCGGCAAGUGCUGGGAGUAUUAUGGCCACUAUACUGGCCAGGUACACCUUUAGAAAGCCCGUCAAGGGCAACCUAGUCGUUGCGAUCGAGGGCAGUCGGACCGAGAAAAGCCUACCCAUAGACGGAGAGGUCAAUGUGGAGCUUCCCAUUUCCGCCUCCGACAAGAGUCCUUUAAAAAUUAUCGCCACCGUUACGGAGGAACUGACGGAUCUCAAACACAACGGCACCGCCUACGUGACUCUUCAUCAGAAUCGCUAUAAGCUGGGGGAUCUCCAUUGGCCAAUGUUCUAUAAGCCUGGAAUUCCCUAUGACUUUAGUGUUGUGGUUAAAAACUUGAACGAUACUCCUGUAAAUGAUCCAUCCAAAAAGGUCCACUUUAACGUGCUGUGCUGCAGCCGUUCCAAGGCCUUCCAAGCGGUUCUUUACCAAAGCAUCGCCACCCAAUCGAUAAUGCUUCCCGAUACUGCGUGCAAGAGCUGUCUGGUGGUGGCUUCAUUUGAAAACGCCAAUAGCAUCGAACAAUAUAUAUACAAGCUGGACCAGGACCUUAAUAUAGAGGUUAUUACCAAAAACCCUAAGCUAAGGGAGAGGAUCGUUAUCAAUGUAAUAUCGACCAGAUAUAUUCCCUACUUUAUGUUCACGGUUGUCGCUCGGGGUAACAUUGUUGCAAAUCAUUAUGUUAAAGUGGGUGAAGGACAAAACACAAAGCAAAUUUACUUCAUGCCGACCUUCCACAUGGUGCCCCAAGCAACCAUUUUUGUGCAUUACAUUGUUAACGGAGUGAUGAUGUCCGACGAGAAGACGAUCGACAUCGAGAGGGACUUUGGAAACACGAUUGAAAUAACCGCACCGAAAGAUGCAAAGCCCGGCGAAGAGGUGAUCCUUAAGAUAAAAACCGCUCCCAAUGCCUUCUUCGGCCUGCUUGGAGUGGACGAAAGUGUACUGCUUCUUAGAUCUGGAAACGACUUCAACCGGGACCAAAUAUUGGGCAAUCUAGCCAAUUACUCCUCCGAUUUGGUGACCCUUAGCAAUGCCAAUAUAAACAUCGGUCGGGAGUCGGGUGGCUGUUAUACCAACCCUGAACAAAUGACUUGUACUGGUUCCUUUGGUGGCCGAUCUGCGUCUCCUCAAGGUGGAUCAGAUCAAAACACAGCUCCUACAGCUAUCAAGAAACCAACAAGUUCGCAAAGUGAACUUCCAGCUAUUCGAAAAGUAUUUCCUGAGACCUGGCUGUUCUCAAAUAUAACCCAGGUGGGCGCCAACGGUGAAUAUAUCCUGAGGAAGGCAAUACCCGACACGAUGACCUCUUGGGUGAUCACUGGCUUCUCCCUGAGUCCCCAGUCCGGCCUUGCCGUGACCCGGAGUCGAAAAGAAGUUCGCGUGUUCCAGCCGUUUUUCCUGACCACCAAUCUGCCGUACUCCGUGAAGCGAGGUGAAGUCAUUGCCAUACCCGUGUUGGUAUUCAACUACCAGGAAAUGGCGGUGAGGGCUACAGUAACAAUGGAUAACUCUGAUGGGCAGUACGACUUUAUAGAGGCCACCAGUGCUAAUGUGACCAAAGAAAUGCAGAAGGUGCAGCGGAGAAAGACACUGUGGGUACAGGCCGGCACUGGGCGAAGCAUUUCGUUCAUGAUUCGGCCCAAGAAGGUGGGGCUAAUCACUCUGAAGAUCACCGCCGUCUCGGCAUACGCCAGCGACGCCAUCCAUCAGAUUCUCCGAGUGGAGCCCGAUGGCGUGACCAAGUACGUCAACAAAGCCAUCUUGGUCAACUUGCAAAGGUUGCACCGCCGGAGUGCCGCCUCAGAUCUGGGACCGCCGGAAAAAACAAUUAUGGUAGAAGACGUUAACGGUGCUAUCGAGGGCUCCGAGCUCUUGGUAAUUGAAGUGGGUGGAACAGUACAGGCGCCAUUCCUCGAGAACCUGGACCAAUUGGUUCGUUUGCCCCACGGAUGCGGUGAGCAGAACAUGUUCCACUUUGUGCCCAGCGUCCUGGCGUUGACCUACUUGCAAGAGAGUCAGCGCAAUGAGCCAGAAAUAUUCAAGAAUGGUAAGCAAUUUGCGGAGAUUGGCUACCAGAGAGAACUCACCUACAAGCGUGACGACGGGUCCUUCAGUGCCUGGGGCCAACAAGAUCCUGCAGGCAGCACCUGGCUGACCGCCUAUGUGAUCCGAUCCUUCCACCAGGCAAGCAGGCACAUAGACAUUGACCCCAAUGUCCUGACAGCUGGACUCGAUUUCCUCAAGUCCCGACACCAGCCCAAUGGAGAGUUCGCGGAACUCGGUAAGGUCAUCCACAAUAGCCAUGGAAGUCCCCUGGCUCUGACCUCUUUCGUGCUGCUUACAUUUUUCGAGAACAGGGAUCAAACAGCCAAGUACCUAGACGAGAUCAAUAAGGCUGUGGCAUUUGUAGCACGGAAUGUGGACCAGUCGAAUGAUCCUUACGAUCUUUCCAUCGCCGCUUUGGCUUUGACUUUGGCUCACAAUCGCAAGGGCCAGAGUACUCUCAACAAGUUGGAGGGGAUGGCCAAGCAGAGGGGUGGCCACAAAUGGUGGUCCAGGUCGGACCACAGUGUGAGCAACGAUGUGGAGAUCACCUCUUAUGUGCUGCUCGCCCUUCUGGAGCAAGAGCAGACGGAUGACCCGCAGCCCAUUAUCGAUUGGCUGAUUAGCAAACGCAACAGCAACGGCGGGUUCGCCUCGUCCCAGGACACGGUUGUGGCCACCAUGGCCCUAACCGAGUACGAGAUGCAAACUCAUGUACCGACCGGACAGAUGGACAUAACCCUGAAUUACUUGCAAAACAAACAGAAAACCAUUGAGGUGACUCCACGUAACGAGCUGACGAUGCAGACGCACCAACUUCCGAAUACCGCCAAGGUGGUAACGAUGUCGGCUGCAGGACAAGGACGUGCCCAAGUCCAGCUGUCGUACCGCUACAACGUGGACAGCAAGGAGCCGAGUCCCAGCUUCAAGUUGACCAUUAAUCCCAGGAAAUCGGAAAAAUACCGACUGGCACUGGACAUUUGCGGCGAAUAUACUCCCGUCACAGCCUCCGACAAGGGAAAGCCCACCAAUAUGGCGCUAAUGCAGGUCCAGCUGCCAUCCGGGUAUGUUAGCGAUCCCGAAUCCUUCGCCGACAUCAAGGCCAUCUCCGAUGUAAAGAGCGUGGAGACCAAGGAUGAGGACACCGAGGUUCACAUCUACUUCGAAAAGAUGAGGCCCAAUAACCGCAAGUGCUUCACCUUGAAGGCCAUCUUCACCCAUGCGGUGGCCAAUCACAAGCCAUCUUGGGUUCGACUCUACGACUACUAUGUCACUGAACGCAGCGCCACCGAGUACUUCCAUGUGGAGUCCUCCCUGUGCGACCUCUGCCAGGGCAUCGAGUGCGGAAGCGGGUGCCCAAAGUCUUAAGAAAUUAUUGUAAGCCCCAUGUUUUCAAAAGACUAAAUCGCUAAAUAAAAUUCAGAUUAAUCCACUUC